AUGAACUCUACGUGCAUCCCGGAUGUUGGAUAUUUCGACUCUCCUAAGUUUUUAUCAAUGGUUCUCCAUAUGAAUACAAUCAUUUCCACACCGAUUCAUCUAUUCGGAUUCUACUGUAUCAUUUGGAAAACUCCAAUGAUAAUGAAGUCAGCAAAACUGUACCUGCUGAAUCUGCAUUUUUGGAUUUUUUCGUUCGAUUACUCGAUUAGUAUACUAAUGAUGCCAUUUUUGUUAAUACCUCAUUAUGCUGGUUAUACUCUAGGAGUGUUGAGUUGGUUUGAUGUAUCAGUUUUGUUUCAGACUUUUAUGGGGCUGUUUUUUCUUGCAAGUGAGUAG